AUGAGACGCGAACCUAAUCCGGUGCUGGCAGUCAUUGGUCUUGUACUUGGACUCCUCUCUGGCCUGAUUAUUCGGUACCUCAGCGUCUACUUUAAAUCCAAAAAAGUUGGUCCCAUAAGUCGAUUUCCUUUUCAACCAUUCAACGAAAUAUACAUGAAGGUUCACGAUUGGCCUUCAAGAUAUCAAAAUCUAAUGUCGGAUGUCAAAAUUUUAUGUGGAGAGAGUCUCAUUAAACCGAGACAGCAAAAGGAGAGCUAUCAUCAUGCGAUUGAGAAAGUCAACCAGAUUUUAACAUGGAUUUUCAAUUUGGAUCGAAGAGGUUUGGAACCUCGUUACCCAAAAACUUGGAUUCAAUGUGUUCCACAAGAUGCCAGGAUUGUGUCUAUUAAAAUGGAUUGCUUUGAGCAUGGAAGACUAUCACAUGAAUUUUCUCCGAUAAAUGGGACUUCUAGAGGAAGUUAUUUCACUUAUCAAAUGUAUGGAGACAAUCGAAUGCAAGUGACAAGCUAUGUGAAAGAUGGAGUCAGUUAUUUGGCGGGAGUUUGUAUUUAUAUUGAUUGCCCAUGGACUCCGGCAGAAUAUUAUAGGAUGGAUGUGGUUGAAAAAUUGUUUGGGGAACAGAGAAUGCGAAGAAGAAUGGAAUCUCAAUGGAACCUUCGGGAAAAUCCAUUUGAACCAACCAUCCAACAAGAAGCUUCAGUUGAAAGCGAAACGGUUCCCGUCCCUGAGGAAUGCCUCACAGAGGAGGAUCAGGAUUGGACAGUCAAGUACUGCACUCGUCUUCAAAGGAAAGUGAUGACAUGUGUGAAAUAUGGAUCCGUGAUUCAUCAGGAAUGGAAUACAUCUGAAAAGAAAAUGAAAAAAGAGAAAUGUGGGACUUGUACAGGGAAGUUGGAUGAAUCGCCGCCUCCUUACUCAUCGAUUUUUAUAGAAGGUCUGAGGAGCUCCAAGAGCUCAUAUGCUCUAUCUGGAUCCAAUGGCGGACACGGAAAUAUGUUAUUAAAUUCAAGAAAAUCAGCUACAUGCCAAUUAUUCCUUCACCAGGCAUUCUUUUUUGGCUCUUCGGGACACCAGGACUUACUCCCCACUCUCCUUCUCUGCUCUCUCAUCAACACAUUCUAA